UUUCGCCAUCUAGCGUGACGCGGUUGAAGCUUCCACUGUUGUUUCACGUUGCGUGGUGCGAGGAGCUCGAACUCUCUUUUUCGGGGUGUGCCGACGUUCACGAUAUAACACGAAUCGAAAAACAACAACAUAAGAAAGCCAUGAGUGGUGGCGUCUACGGCGGAGAUGAGGUCGGAGCGCUGGUGUUUGACCUCGGCCACUAUUCUGUGCGGGCCGGCUACGCGGGCGAAGAUUCUCCAAAGGCGGAGAUCCCCAGUGCGGUAGGUGUGAUCGAGGAGCUGAUCGGCGAUGGGCCCGAGGCCGACUCGAAGGAGCUGGGUGCUGCCACGCCCCAGUCCCAGAAGAAGUACUUCCUGGACACGACGAGCAUUCACGUGGCACGGGCAAACAUGGACAUGUCCACUUUCCUGAAGGACGGCAUGGUGGAGGACUGGGACCUGUUUGAAAAGCUUUUGGACUACACGUACAGCCGCCACAUCAAGUCUGAGCCCCACCUCCACCCUGUGCUCAUGUCCGAAGCAGCGUGGAAUGCACGCACCAAGCGGGAGAAGAUCACGGAGAUCAUGUUUGAGAAGUACGGGGUGCCGGCCUUCUUCCUGGUGAAGAACGCAGUGCUGGCGGCCUUUGCCAAUGGCCGGUCGACGGGCAUCGUGGUGGACAGCGGGGCCAGCCAGACGUCCGCCAUUCCGGUCCACGACGGAUACGUCCUCACUCAGGCCGUGGUAAAGUCUCCCCUGGCUGGCGAUUUCAUCUCGAUGCAGUGCAAGCAGUUCCUCGAGGAGCAAGGCAUUGACAUUGUGCCCACCUACAUGCUGGCUAGCAAGGAAGCUGUGAAGGAAGGCGAGGCACCCCGAUGGACCAAGAAGAACAACCUCCCCGACGUGAACAAGUCGUGGCACAACUACAUGGUCAAGGAAGUGGUGCAGGACUUUCAAAGCUCGGUGCUUCAGGUCCUCGACUCUCCGUACGACAAAGAGACGGUGGAGAACAUGCCCACGGUGCACUAUGAGUUCCCCAACGGCUACAACCUGGAUUUCGGCUCAGAGCGCUUCAUGAUUCCAGAGUCCCUCUUCGACCCCACCACCAUCAAGGGCGCCCCUGGUACGACCAUGAUGGGAGCAGCACAGGUGGUCACAACCAGCGUGGGGAUGUGCGACAUCGACAUUCGACCGAGCCUGUACGGCAGCGUGACCAUCACAGGAGGCAACACCCUGCUCCAAGGGUUCACGGAGCGGUUGAACCGUGACCUCUCUGCUAAGACGCCUCCCAGCAUGCGCCUGAAGAUCAUCAGCACCAAUGGAACCGCGGAACGAAGAUUCGGGGCGUGGAUUGGUGGAUCAAUCCUGGCCUCUUUGGGCACCUUCCAGCAGAUGUGGAUCUCGAAGCAGGAGUACGAGGAGGGAGGGAAGUCGCAGGUCGAGAGGAAGUGUCCCUGAGCGUUCCGCUUUCCCGACCCUGGAAGGAGACAAACACGCAGACGGCGGUUUUAGUUGUACAUAGAGCGAAGCUCGACGCAAUUCCCUUAAAUAAAGUAUGGGCAUCUGCAUGCCCGCUCCCACAGCUUC